UUUUAAUAUAGCGUCCAGUCAACAUCGUAUCAGUUGGCUGAGUCCCAAAUAAGUUUCCUCUAAAAUCUCGGUUAUUGUUUUCACACACUACACAAAUUUAGUGGCUGGUAUAGUUACCUGUUAAGUGUUUUUUGUACCUGAUUCUUCAUUAAGUCAUCUUGAAAAUACGACUGAACGAAGUUUUGAACAUUCCAACUUAUAUCGAAAUAGUAAACGAAAACUCGAAAUGAUAUACAGAUGGAAAACGAUAUACCUGGAUUACCCCAGAUCGAUCCCGGCAGUUGACUACUCAUACUACCCCUAUUCCUACAGAUCCUACCGACCCCUAUCCCUCUACUACAAUUACUAUUGGCCCCUGAGCAGCCUAAAUCGCUACAGCGACAGUUGGCCUGACUACCCGUACUACAGGUACCUGUACUACAAGUACACCCUGCCCAGCGACAGGUACUACCAUUUGAAAGGAAGGAUGCUCUCUGUCGACGAGCCAAUUAGGGAAUACAGAAUUCACCCCCGAGCAGAGUAUCUGCGCCGCAAAGUCUAUAAGCCCCUGAGUUUGUAUUGCGAUUAUUACUAUCCCAUAAGGGGAUUGUUCAAUUCUGCUUAUUGGCCCAUGUACCGAAACGUGGCGGAUUUUGCGGAUCUGUGCAAGGAUGGUACUGGAUCCAGGUUGCAAAGAAUUUUCGAUGACGAAACAAGGCUCAUUCGCGCUCAAACAGCCUCACUAUUGAGACGUGUACACGAUCCUGUACCGCGUGUUCACCGUUACAGCUGGCCAUUGGCGAUCACUUCAACACCGUACCAAAAAGCUCAUGUCGCGCGAUUGGGCAACGACAAUUACAUCCAUCGGCUGCUGAUGACCUCCCCCAAGAACCCCAGGGUGGAAUUCACCACCUACUACUCAGAGCCCGUGAGAAAGUACAUCGGAGGAGGCCAUCUGGCGUGUAUAUCGUACGCUGGCGAAAGGGCUCACAACCGUCGACCCUACGUCUACCUUUACGAAGACCCUGUGAGGAGCGACAUUCAACUGUUGAGCUACUACAUCAACAAGUUCAAACAAGACAAGGCGAUCGCUGCUCCACCAUCGGCAGAAUCCACCAAAGUUCCCCUGAACCCGAAUCGCCCAACGCGCAAGUUCACUGCGCAGAAACCAGAAAACGACGAGGAAACCGACAAAGAGAUGCAGAAACUGCGCGCAGCGAGGGCUGCCAGGCUGGCCUUCAUCGAGGCCGAGGGAAAAUCAGAAAGGGCCUCAGCAGACGUAGAAGACGCCGUCAGAGCCAAAAGGGCCAAAGAGGCUGAGAGGUUAGCCGAGGAGCAGGCACUGGCAGAAGAACAAGCUAGGCAACAGGCGUUAGCUAAGAAGGAGGAAGCAGCGAAAAAGGCAGAGUUGGCUAGGCAAGAAGAGCUAGCUGCUCAAGCUGCAGCAGAAAGAGCUGCUGAACUGGACAGACGAGCUGAGUUAGCUAGGCAAGAAGAAUUGGCUAAGCAGGCUGAAAUCGAAAAAUCCAGAAAGCAAGAAGAAGAACGCCAACAACAAGAAGAACAGCGCCGCCUUGAAGAAGAAGCUCGUGCAGAAGAAGAACGCAAGCAACUCCUCCGCUUGGAAGAAAUCGCGCGACAAGCAGAAGAAGAAAAGGAAGCCGAACUAGCUCGGCAAGCCGACGAGCUAGCCGAACUGGCCCGACAAGAAGCGGAGCUGGCCGAGCAGGCCCGAAUCGAGGCCGAAGCGGCUGAACAAUCCCGACUGGAAGCAGAACUGGCUGAACAAUCCCGACUGGAAGCGGAACUGGCUGAGCUCGAGCAGAAAGAGCGAGAGCUAGCUGAGCUAGCCAGCCAAGAAGCCGAAGCUGCCGAGAGAGCUAGGGAAGAAGCUGAGGCUGCGAGGAGUGCAGCUGAUCAAGAGCUGGAAGAGCUAGAGCGACAACAAGCUGAGCUGGACGCUCUAGAAGCCGAAGCUAGGGCCCUGGAAGCUGAACCAGCGAUUGAGGAAGAACAACCUGUUGUUGAGGAAGAAGAACCUGUUGCUGAGGAAGAACAACCUGUUGUUGAGGAAGAAGAACCUGUUUCUGUGGAUGAACAGCCUUUGGAGGUAGCUGAGGAAGAGGAAGAAGAUGAGGAUGCUAGGCGACAGAGGGAGAUGGAUGAGCUGGUUCAGCAGAAGUUUGAGCAGGCUCAGAUGGAGAAGCAGAUGGUUGACGAUGACGAUGAGGACGAAGAACCUGCAAUUGCUGAAGACACACCCGUACAGUCUGACGUUGAAGAAUGAGACGAUUAUAUUUUUUGUUCUGUUGAUUGUUGAAAUUGUUUUUAGGUUAGGUUAUUGUAAAUUGAUGUUUCGAUGGGCAUUUUUUAACGCUUUGUAACUACGCAUUUAUUUUUUGCAUUUCUUUCUUUCCAAUUCACACUGAUAAGCAUGAUAAUGUGGUCUAAUAAAAUCUGGGUGAAUUAAAUCAUAUCGAAGACACUAACUAGUAAUAAAGAAUAAGCUAUUUCGUUGGUAUUGGUUGCGGUUUGUUGUCAACAUUACUGAAUCAAAAAAUGUGAGUUGAUCCUAGCUAUCGAUGGGUAAUCAAUCAAGGAAAGCUACAGAAUAUCUGUUUGCAAGAAAAUUUUCAUACGAAUUUUCGUGUUAAACAUAUUUGAUUUAGAUAUAAUUCAGACUCGAUUUUUUAAGGUUCCAAUUAUUUCUUCAUAAAACUAUAUAAGAAGAAUAGUUCAAUAAUAUACAUCGUGUGAAUAUUUUUAUCUUCAAAUCGUAAAGCGCUUUCCAUCAAAUAUAACUUUUUUUUGUUUGAUUGAUUAAAGUCAUAAAAUGGAUAAGCUAGAGCAGAUUAAGGAAAUAUUUCAUCUAAUUUAAUUUUUUUAGAAUUCUAAAGAAUGUUUCAAUUUGUAUAUUUCUCAUCAUGUAUUUCCAAAUACGAAAGUUGUAUCAACUUUCUUCCAAUUGAUGAUGUAUCCGAAAAUUCUCGUUAUUAUUAUUAUAAUUUUUAUUAUAUAUUGUUUACUAUUUAUGAUGUCCUUAGUAGGUAUGUUCAUCUAUCUCUUCUCCAAAUUUUCAAAUAAAUGUUGAUACUGUUG